CUACAACAUAACCAAAGUGGGAGUAGACUCCUUGGACCAGAAAUGUGCUCAGUUUUCUGUCAGUUGUCGCACUCAGAGGUGGCCUAUGACAGUUUGGAAUGCUGUAAUGAACAUUGCUGGGGUAAAUGCUAACAUUAUUCUCCAUGCUGUUAACCCUCAACUGAAAUUGAUGCGACGUGAAUUCCUAAUAACUUUGGGGAGAAGUCUUAUCGAUGAUCAACUGAAAUGGCGAAUGCUCAUGAACAAUAUACCCAGGGAACUGAAGUCAACCAUCAGGCGAAUUUGCAAUGUUGAAGAUCAGCCUGAACAUCCCAACAACCCUGGUCCUACCCAACGAAAGAGACAAAGAUGUCACCUGUGUCCAAGAUCUCGUGAUCUGAAACAUUCUACUUCAUGCUACAAGUGCUACAAAGGAGUCUGCAAGUCCACUGCAAGGAAGAAGUUGUUUGUGAGCACUGCAAAGACUGAAAAAGGUAGCAAGAAUCAUAUCUCCAGAAGAGGAAAAUAAGGGAACCAAAGCUAUUUGUUGAGAAUUUUUUUAUAAUGGUGUUUUUUAUGAAUUUUG